CCAUUAUAACCUAGUUUGACAGCUUAGGCUAUUGCCAUAUAAAGUUACAUUUGCCAGGGUAUAUUAAUCUAGUUACUAUUACCACAUACGACUUCUACUACAACUACUAUUGCUAGUAUAGACUAAUUACCUACUAUAGAGUACUUUGGAACCUGUUACGAUCGAUGGCUUUGUAAAUCGUCAUUAAUUUUGUUCCAGAAGGAUAGCAUGAUUGAAGACAAUGGUCCUGGUGAAGGAAUUACUGUUAAGUACACAAAUAAGUGCAGUGAAAGUUAAUCAAGACACUGUUUUUAUAGGUGAAGGGCAGUAUCUUCACAUUCACAGUCUUGCUACUGGUGAGAGGUUGGCUGAUAUUCGUGUUUUCCAAGCUGCUGCUAUUCAUGGUAUAAAGAUCAUAUCAUCAUUAGAUCGUUCUUCUAUUAUUUGGAAGACAUUAGUUUGGGGUCAGAAGCUUGGCAGUCAUUUGGUUCAAGCCAACAGAAAACCACAGCUCCACAACGCCCUACUUCAUGUGAAAGUCAUUGAAGGACCUGCUGAGCACAUUCUUCCAGGGAGUGAAACUAAUAAACCUCUAGAUAAUAGUGCUUUGGGAUGCUUUGAAAUAAGAGGGAAAGAACAGUGUUCAGAAAAUUGCAUUCUUUAUUGUGGAUGUAUUGUAGUUGGGUCUGGUUUUUAUGAAAGUGCUGUUUUGUUAGCUGGAACUGUUUUCAGUCAAGUCUUAAUAUGGGGACCAUGGGGAGAAAAGGAUCAGCAUGGAAGACUUGUACCACUUCAUUGUCUCUCAGGACAUCAGGGAGUACUGUUUUCUAUCAACUUUUGCCAAGAGGAAAAUGUCAUUACUACAACUUCAGAUGACAGAACUUUGAUAAUCUGGAAAAUUCACAAACAAGAUGAAAAUGUCUCCAAAGUUAAGAAGUACUGGAAUUGCUGUCAAAUUACAGAAGAGCACAAGUGUUAUGGGCAUGGGUCCAGGGUAUGGAAGUCACUGAUAUUACCGUUUUGCUAUAUAAGUGUUGGUGAAGAUUCCAAGGUUUGUGUGUGGAGCCAUGAUGGAGAAUUGAGGAUGUCUUGGCAAGGUCACGAUGGUGCUUGCAUUUGGAGCAUUGAUGCGUCAGAGGAUGGAACAAAAAUUGUUACAGGUGGUGGGGAUGGCAGUGUGAAGUCUUGGUGCCUUAAACAAGAGGGUUCCAAAAAUCCAGAGGUCAUGAUCGAGUUACCUUGGGUGAGUGUUAACACUGAAACAGAGGCUGACUCUUUCAGCAGGAGUUUUCAGAACAAAACAAAUGUGAGAGAGAUACAAAGUAGAACAGAAACCCAUGAUGUAAAGUGUGAAGAUGAUAUAAACAUAAGUAAUAAUUUAUUUGAAUGCGAUUUAGAAGUCCAUAGUCAGGCAGCCACCAGUGUUCAUAGUUCUGUGGUAACAGAAGACUUUCCUAGAUGUGUUGCUCUUUUUGGAGUGGACACAUAUUUAGUCAUGCUGGAUAGUGGGAAAUUAUACAGCUGGAACUGUAAGGUAUCAGAGUGGUUCCUAGUAUAUGAGGAUCAAAGACUGAAAAACUAUGCAGUGAUGGAAUCCAGCCCAGAUCAGCAAGUGGUUGCUUUAGGAACAUUAUGUGGUCAUGUUGCUAUCUUGACUGCAGGUAUGUUUUAUAAUGGUUUUUUACUGAGAAUAACGUUAAAAAUAAAGGGGCAAACAUACACACUUCCUGUGUGUAAGCAGCGUUGGGUGUCAGCAGCAUGCUACUUUACAAUACAAAAUAGAAGUCAUCUCAUUUGUGGGGACCGAGCAGGAAGUAUUCAUCUUUAUUCUGAGAAUUCAUCAGAACCUCAGCACAGCCUCCGCAGCAUCCACGGGGAAAGAAGUGGAGUGACCAGCUUAAUCAAUCACCAAGGAUACCUUUAUAGCACAGGACGAGAUGGAUGCAUACGUUGCCUAACUGUGCAAGACUACAGGUUACAAGUACUAACAGUAACACGUGUUAGCAGUGCAAACUGGAUUGCCUCUUUGAUAAAUCUGCGUGGAAGGCUACUAGCUGUGUGUUUCCAUGAUGUCAAACUAAAGCUGUGGAGUUUAGAAGAAGAUCGGGCUAUCAUUGACAUCGAGUGUGGUGGUGGUCAUCGGUCUUGGGACUUGCAGUGUUCAGAAGAAAAUAAUAAACUUUCCUUCAUCUAUAUUAAAGAUGCAAAACCGUACACUUUCAGCACAACGCUGGAGGAUAAACUUAUGCCUCUUAUCAAGACUCCUAUUAAUACAAGAGAAACAAUGUGCCUGGAAGUGCUACUCCAGCAAGAUGAUACUACGUACUUUGCCACUGGAGGAGAAGAUACAACCCUUCGACUACAUGCUCUCAGCUCUUAUAGGAAUAAACAAUUGAAGACAUUUAGUGUGAUACGCAGCCAUAUCUCAAAUGUGAGAACCAUGUGUUGCAUUGAGAAUAUGAAUGAAAAAGUAUCCAGUUGUGAAGAGGGUACCUCCAAAUGGAUAGUAACUGCUGGUGGCCGAGCCCAGUUAAAAAUCUGGAAAAUGUUUUAUCUCCAUUCAGGUAGUGACAGGGAGAAAGAAGACCCUCCAGACAUCUGUUGCCGCGAAGUUACAUCACACAUGUUGAGGACUGGUUCAAACAAAACAUGGAAGAGCCAGGAAAUGACUUUUGAUCCAGAGACACGUUAUAUGGAAGCAAAAGCUUUCUGGGUGUCAAGAGAAAAAGCUUUGAUUAUAUUGGCAUCUUCAGAUGGAUUUGUAAGGUUCUUUGAAUUCGACAAUCAUCUGGAGCAAAUAAGACUAUUACACUCACAGGCUUGGGAUCAUUGCCUGUUGAAGUUAACAACAUUACUUGUGCAUGACAAUUGCAUACUUGUUUCUGGAGCUACUGAUGGCUUCCUAGUGUUUUGGAAUAUCCAGCCCAUCCUUGACUACAUUGCUAACAAGUCUGAUGAUUAUGAUGACUGUCACCCUGUACCUGAAAUGAGUAAAGUAGAUAGCAUCAAGGCCCAUCAGUCAGGCAUCAACAGUAUUGCAAUUACUUCUGAAAUGAAUUUAAGUGGUGAUUUCAAUCCUUACAGUCUCAUCAUAGCAAGUGGUGGCGAUGAUAACAAAAUUGCACUGUGGAAAAUAACUGGACAUUUUACUGAGGAUAAAAGAUUGAAUUUUCAUACAAACCAUGUCUGUGAAGUUCAUGGACAUGCGUCACAGGUUACAGGUUAGUUAUGUUUCUAUCAAUCAGUUUGCUCGGUUCAUCUGAAUGGUAGUGGUUUGACACAACUAAUACUUGUUCCGACACAUAAUACAAACCCUUGGUCCUUUACAUAUGGAAUGUACUUGCAGGCUUGUGUUCGCUG